AUGACACAGCUGCUUUACUCUCUCUCUCAACUCAGUCCAUUUCUCAACUCUCUCGUCUCACUCGUCUAUCUAUGUCUCACUCUCUCAGACACCGUCGGCCACCACCUGUCGCCGCUCUCCGUCGACCACAGAAAACCAGCAAUAACCAGAAAAAAGAGAAAGAAGAAGGAAAAAGACGCUUCAGCUGAUCAGAUCCACAAAUCUGGAAGACAUGAUCCAGAAAAAGCAAUCAGCUCCACUCGCGGCUGCCAUCUCUGCUGUCAGGAGCUUGAAUUUGUGAGGAUGGUGAGAGUCAGUGUGUUGAAUGAUGCUCUCAAGAGCAUGUACAAUGCCGAGAAAAGGGGGAAGCAACAGGUCAUGAUCAGGCUGUCCUCCAAAGUGAUCAUCAAGUUUCUUCUGGUCAUGCAGAACCAUGGUUUGUUCGAUUGCGUUCUUAUAAUUUUAUUUAUUUUUUUAUUUUGUUUUGAAGGUUAUAUUGUGGAGUUUGAGUAUAUAUGUUGACGAUCACAGAUCUGGAAAAUUUGAGGUUGAAUUGAAUGGAAGGUUGAACAAGUGCGGGGUUAUAAGUCCUCGAUUUGA